UUCUCGACGCAGCUGACGAUGUAAACAAGGGGAGCUCGUCGAGGGCAAGGGACCGAGGUAUUAUUGACAUCGCUGAUGCUAACCGCUGCUCUGUCCUACAGCGCUGGCAUGGGGCUCCCGGUGACCAUAAAAGUCAACUUCAGGGGGAACGUGAAGCGGCUGCUGGCCCCGGAUCUGGACAAGUCGGAGUGGGAGUCUGUUGACGCCUGGAUCAAAGCGUCGUUCGGCAUCAGCCACUUCCAAGUGAAAUACUUCGACGAGGACAACGAAGAGAUUUGCAUAAACAGCCAAGAGGAAUAUGAAGAAGCGAUCAAGAGCGCCGAGAAGCAGGGGAACCAGUUACACAUCAACGUCUACAAGAUGAAGGGCCAGGCCUGUGGCGGCCCGCUGAAGGGAGAGGUGAAGGAGCUGAAGGGGGACCUGAGGCCGGCCCCCCCCUACCCCUCCAGGGUGAAGACGGUGGACAAAGGAACGCAGGUCACCCCCGACCGAGAGCCCGUGAUCCCCAAAGACCCCAAGGGCAGCAAACCAGAAGACGAGCCCCCGCCGGUCUGGUUCAGGUCCUACAUGGAGAAGUUCAAGGACGAGGUGGUGAAGGAGGUGGUGGAGAGGAUGUGCAACGACUUCUCGGGCCAGUGCUGCACCCACAAAGCGGAGGACGAGGCGGGGGGGCAGGGGGCCAGCCGGGGGGCAAGCGGGGGGGCCAGCGGGGGCCCCCCGGCGGUGGUGCCCAGAGCGGCCCCGCCCUCCACCUCCAACACCUCCUUGGGGUACACGCCCAACUGCAGCAGCUGCAACAAGCUGACCUCUGAAGGGGCCUACAAAUGCAGCGUGUGUCCGUCCUGCAUCCUGUGCGAGCUGUGCCGCCACAGCCACGACCCGAGCCACAGCCUGGUGAGGACCAAGACGCCGCUGUCCAUCCCAGAGCAUGGGACGUCAGGGGAGCUGAGGUUCCCGAGGCGCGGGGACCGAACGGUGCGCAAGGCGGAGCGCCAGCGGCUGAAGGCGGAGCGGCGGCAGCUCAGAGCCGAGGUGAAGGAGAUCAAGAAGAAGCUGCGGGUGGAGAAGAGGUCUCUGCAGUGGAGCGGCCCCGCGGCCUCCGCCCGGCCCGCCCUGCCCCACAUGGCCUCCGCCUCCACCCAGGCCCCGCCCCCGCCCCCGCCCCCUGCCUCAGAAGCAGCCUCAGGUUCAGCCCCCGCGGGCCCGGAGCCCCCCGCCUCCAGCCCAGAGGGUCCCGGGCUCUCGGUCUCGUCCUUGGUGCCCACUAUGGCCGCCUUGUUUCUGGAUGAGAAUCUCCCGGACGGCACCCGGCUGGAGCCCGGCGCCAAGUUCAUCAAGUACUGGAAGAUGAGGAACUCUGGCACUAUCGGCUGGACCUCGGAGACCAAGCUGAAGUUCAUGUGGGGGAACCUGGGCCUGGCGUCGGAGGAGCGGCGGGAGCUCCCCGUGCCGCCGCUGCAGCCCGGCCAGGUGGGCGUGGUCAGCGUGGCCUUCGUGGCCCCGGUGAUGGACGGGACGUACACGUCCCACUGGCGACUGGCCCACUGUGGGACGCAGUUCGGCCCGCGCGUCUGGUGCAGCAUCGUGGUCGACCCCGGCAACACGCGACACACCUUCUGCCCUCAGAGCAACAGACUGAAGGAGGACAGGAAGGAGGACAGCACUGUGGACAGUGAGACGGAGAUGUCUGUGGACCUCAGCAACAGAGACUACUACUUCCCCUCUGUGGACCUGCUGACUGCUCAGGACCUGCUGUCCUUCGAGCUGCUGGACAUCAACAUCGUGCAGGAGCUGGAGACGGUCCCCAACAACACGCCCGUCGACCUCACCCCCUGCAUGUCCCCGCUGCCCCGGGACACGCCCGUGAUGGAGCGGGCGGCGCCGGCGGCGGAGGGCCCGAGCGCGGACCUGAAGAGCUGCUUCUUGAAGCCCGGGGCGCGGGCCGAGGCCCCGGGCCCCGAGGACGAGCGGGAGCAGGAGAUCAGCGGGGCCCAGUUCCUCUGCGAGACCCUGAUCCGCUCCCUCACCCUGGAAGAGGCCCCCGACCAGAAGCCCCCGCGCCGGGGGCCCCAGGCGCCCCGCAGACCCCUGGUGCUCCGGGCCGUCUCCCGGGACUCCGGGCUCCGCCCUGAGAGGACGACGGAGGCGGCGGAGAGGCUCCCCGGAGCCAGCCUGGACCCGGACGCCAUCAGGGUGGAGGUCCUGGCCCCGCCCCCCUACCCGGGACGGCCCCCGGGGAGGCCGAAGGAGGAGUCAGGAGGAGAGGGGCCCCCCCAGACGACAGAGGGGGAGCUGGGGGUCCUGACGGAGGAGAGGACGGACGCGGAGGAGAAGAGCGAGGAGGAGGACGAGGAGGAGGAGCGGGGGGAGGACGAGGACUGGGACGAGGUGAGCAGCCAGACGUCCUCCUGUGACGACUACAUCAUCGUGCUCCCGGACUGCUUCGACACCACCCGGCCGCUGGGAGACUCCACCUACACCCCCACCCAGGGGGACCAGGGACCCCCGCAGGAGGGGCCGGAGGGGCAGGAGGGGCAGGAGAGGCAGGAGGGGCAGGAGGGGCAGGAGGAGGAGGAGCAGCAGGAGGAGGACGACGAGGACGAAAGCGUGCUGUUCCCCCCCCCGCCGCCCUCCCCCCCCCUGGCCCGCCCCCCCGUCCUUGUGGUCAACCCGCUGCUAAGUGCCUCCAAGACCCUGAAGACCCCCCCCCUAACGCCCCCGCUGGUGACCACGCCCUCUCCGCCUCCCCCGACGCCGGCCCCGCCUCCGCAGCUCCCGGCCACCGCCCCGGUGCCUGUGGCCCCUCCCACCCUCUACUCUCCCAGGUCCGAGGCCUUGUACCUGGCGGAGGAGUGCACCCCCCCGGACUGCGACCCCUACGAGCCUCGCCAGCCUGGCAUCACCCUCAACGUAUCAUCUGGUUUAUCCAGAUCAGCAGGCUCCGCCUCCAGUGCCUUUGAGACCUACAACCCGCGACCGGGUAACGCUCUGCAGCCCAGGGCCCAGGGCGGCAUCACGGAGGGGCUGGUGAAGGGAGCGCUGUCUGUGGCCGCCUCGGCCUACAAGGCCCUGUUCACCGGACCCAACUGCAGCGUGCAGCGUGGCGUGGACCCGGCGGCCCGCCAGGACCCCUCCCUGAUGGCCAUGCUGCUGGAGAUGGGCUUCAGAGACCUGCAGCUCAACCAGCGGCUGCUGAGGAAGCACGGCUACAGCCUGCUGCACACCGUCAACGAGCUGGUGCAGAUAGCCGAGGAGGGGCCCCCCCCCCGCCCCGCGCUGGGGUACCCGGCCCCCAGCCCGGGGCCCUAGGGGCCACGGGGGGGGCGGGGGGGGGGGAGUGACUUGUGUGCCCUUUGAC